AUUCUCAAGGCAGACGAGGAUUCUGGCUCGCAUCCCAUGCGUGUGCGUAUGGAGAAUUUCAUCCGACGGAAGCAAGAAGAAAUAAUUUCAGCCCUGGAGGCGGUUGACGGAACCAAAUUUCGCGUGGAUGAAUGGCAACGACCUAAUGGUGGCGGUGGCGGCCGUACAUGCGUUCUACAAGAUGGCCAUGUCUUUGAGAAGGCCGGAGUGAACAUCAGCAUCGUCCAUGGCAAGCUCAACCGUAGCGCAAUCGAUGAGAUGCGGCAGAACCACAAAAACAUCGUCUAUGACACGGAUGAGCUGGAAUUUUACGCGCUGGGGCUGAGCAUGGUCGUUCAUCCUAAGAAUCCGAUGGCACCCACGGUUCACAUGAAUGGGCGCUACUUCGAGACUGUUCACGACGGCUCCGCGCAGACCGCUUGGUUCGGCGGGGGCAGUGAUCUUACGCCAAGCUAUCUCUUCGAGGAAGAUGCGAAGCAUUUUCAUGCGACCCUCAAGGCAGCGUGCGAUGAACAUGACGUCGGUUAUUAUCCCAAGUUCAAGAAGUGGUGCGACGAGUACUUCAAUAUUACACACCGCGGCGAAAGGCGGGGAAUAGGUGGUAUCUUCUUUGACGACCUCGAUGAGAACUUCGGGAAUCCUGAAGAAGUUUUCGCAUUCCUCCAAGCAACUAUGAAUGCGUUAGUGCCGGCCUACGUACCGAUCGUGGAGAAGAGGAAGGAUUUAUCAUUCAAUGCGCAAGAGAAACAGUGGCAACAGAUUCGGAGGGGAAGAUAUGUCGAAUUUAACCUCGUUCAUGAUCGUGAAACAGCUUUCGGCUUGAAUGUGCCUGGCUCAAGGGUUGAGAGUAUUCUCAUCAGUCUUCCGGUCAAUGCCCAGUGGCUCUACAUGUUUGACGAGCCUGGCCCUGAUAGUCGGGAGGGUAAGCUUGUUGAAGUGCUUAGAAGUCCUCGAGAGUGGGUGUGA